AUGGGCAUCCAGUCAGAUCCACCAAAAUCACUGUACGCAGCCCCUGGCAAUGCUGCUGACGAGAACAAAAGAGUCCGCGAUCAAGUCCCUCCAGAAAUGGACCAAAAUGGCUACCGGAUCAACGAGCAACCCAUGGGCACGAAGAGGAAGGUCAAAGUCAUCCUCAUGGGCGCAGGUGCAUCGUCCCUAAACUUCUUCAAGAAGGCAGAGGAAGAGAUGGAGGGCCUGGAAAUGGUGUGCUACGAAAAGAACCGCGAUAUUGGUGGUACGUGGCUCGAGAACCGGUAUCCAGGAUGUGCUUGCGAUAUUCCAUCCGUCAACUACCAAUUCUCAUGGAAGAUCAAGCUCUGGUCGCAUUAUUACUCGUAUUCUCCUGAAAUAUGGGAAUAUCUGAAGUCGAUCGAGCGCGACAACGACUUUGUUGCCAAAUACAUCAAGCUGCGCCACCGCUUAGAGCAUGUCGAGUGGGAUGGUGCAGCUGGUCUGUGGCGGUGUCGAGUUCGGGAUUUAGAAAAAGAUGUCGUGUUUGAAGACAGUGCCGAGUUCUUCAUCAACGCUGGAGGCGUACUGAACAACUGGAAGUGGCCAGAGAUAGCAGGUUUGAAAGACUUCAAAGGCAAGCUCAUGCACUCUGCCAAUUACGAAGAAGGAUACGACCUCUCCAACAAGCGAGUAGCGGUUAUUGGCGCUGGGAGCUCAGGGGUGCAGAUUGUCGCAGCCAUACAGCAAAAGGUUCAGCAUCUUUACCAUUGGGUACGAUCUCCGAUAUGGAUUACCGCAGGCUUCGCACAAACCUGGGCAGGAAAGAACGGAGCAAAUUUCCGAUACAGCAGGGAACAGCUCAAAUACCUCGAAGAGAACCCCAAGAAAUAUCUCGAAUACCGCAAGCAGAUUGAAAACGAGCUCAAUCAGCGCUUCAAAUUCAUCAUCAAAGGCAGCGAAGAAGCCCGUCUAGCCCGCGAAUACGCAGACACGGAGAUGCGAAACAAACUCAACAACGACUCCCGCCUCGUCGAGAAAAUGAUACCUAAGAACUUCAAUCCAGGGUGUCGUCGUCCCACACCAGCACCAGGAUAUCUUGAAGCGCUAGUUGCACCCAACGCAACCAUCUUCACCGACCCAAUCGGUUCCAUAACAGCUGACGGAUUUACGGACCACGAAGGUACCCACCACUCCGUCGAUGUAAUAAUCUGCGCGACCGGCUUCGACACCUCCUGGCUCCCGCGCUUUCCUUUUAUAGCCCAUGGUCAUGAUCUCCGCGAUCUCUGGAGUCCCGAGAAAGGCGUGACAUCUUACCUGAGCGUUGGGAUUCCCACAUUUCCCAACACGUUUUCUUUCUGCGGCCCGUAUGGCCCUCUAGGUCACGGUUCCUUUAUGCCGUUGAUCGAACAAUGGACCCGCUACAUUUUCUCCGCCAUUACAAAAUUUCAGGUCGAAAACAUCAAGUCCCUCACACCCAAACUCGCGCCUUCAGUCCAAUUCCGUCAACACGCUGAUCUUUUCCUACAACGCACAGCGUGGACUUCACCCUGCCGGUCGUGGUUCAAGCAAGGGAAGACGGAUGGACAAGCAGCGAUUUGGCCAGGCUCGCGACUUCACUUCUUGAAGAUGAUGGAAAGUCCGAGGUACGAGGAUUUCGAAAUUGAGUAUUGGAAUGCGAAUAUGUGGGCUUUUAUGGGGAAUGGAUUUGAAGUGAGGGAGUUUGAUGGGAGAGAUAUUACGGAUUAUCUGGGAAGUCUGGAUGAAGAAGGGAGAGAUGUGCAGCCAGACUAUGAUGAGGGAUUGAAGAAUAUACUAGGCGGGUUUACGUUAGGUGAAGAGUAUGUCGUGAAGGGUGGGUAG